CCGCUUCCUUUCUUCUCGUUUGAGCGUUCUGUGGCGAUUUCGGCGCCGAUCAAAAUGGGCCUUUCCAACGCUGCCGCGACGGUGCCGACUUUGAACGGUCUUUUGCGGGAGUCGUCGGGUCAAGAGGCGCCGGAGCUGCUCGGGAGCUAAUCGGCUAGGCUAGCGGCUUGAACGGACGCGGCGCGGCGCAUUGAGAUGCUUCUCACUGCCGGUUGACUCGGAAUUUGAAAAACAAUCGGAGUUAAACGUGGACGUCGGUGGAAUCGGUUCUAAAUGAACGGAUCUCAGCUCCAAUGAAUGUCGGAGCUCAUUUUCAUACAAUUCCGCGAAGACGCACCGGAAGUUGUUUUGUUGUUGUUGUUUUGUUUUAAAUACGAUUUCGAGCUGCUUUAAGAUGCCGCCGUGGUGUUGUUGUCAAAUGACGCGAAUGUGAGCCUGUAAACGCGACCGCGGUCUUAAAGGAACCCGAUAUUGUCUGUUUUGCGUCCCUCCUCCUGGAUCCCCCCCCCAAAAAAAAUGCACUUGAUUUGAAUGUGCGCCUGUCUGAAAAAAGGACGACCGCAUUUGUCUCGCCGUAGGAUUCCAACCAUGGACAUCCGGCCCAACCACACCAUCUACAUCAACAACAUCAACGACAAAGUCAGGAAAGAAGAGUUGAAGCGCUCGCUGUACGCGCUCCUGUCGCAGUUUGGCCAGAUCGUGGAGAUCGUGGCCAUGAAGACCAUGAAGAUGAGGGGCCAGGCCUUUGUGGUCUUCAAGGAGCUGGCCGCCGCCACCAACGCCCUGCGCCAGCUGCAGGGCUUCCCCUUCUACAACAAGCCCAUGAGGAUCCAGUACGCCAAGACGGACUCUGAGGUCAUCACCAAGGUCAAAGGGGCUCACGGUGACCGAGACAAGAAGAAGGACAAGAAGAAGAAACCUCAGGAAGCCGCCGCCCUCGCCAAGAAAGCCGCCACGGUGCCGUCGAUUCCAGCCCACAUCCCCGCCGCGCAGGUUCCCGACAACCCGCCGAACUACAUCCUGUUCCUCAGCAACCUGCCCGAGGAAACCAACGAGAUGAUGCUGUCCAUGCUCUUCAACCAGUUCCCGGGCUUCAAGGAGGUGCGUCUGGUUCCCGGCAAGCACGACAUCGCCUUCGUGGAGUUUGAAGGCGAAAUGCAGGCGGGCGUGGCCAAGGAUGCCCUGCAAGGCUUCCGGAUCACCGCCACCUGCGCCAUGAAGAUCACUUUCGCCAAGAAGUAGCGGCGGCGAGCGCCUUUUUACGGACAUUUUGGCUUUUGUUUGGUAGUUUUUUUUUUUCAGGUCCGCCUGCUUGUUUGUUGACGUGCAUGGAAUCGUUUUGUAAAUGGACAAAAUAAAAGUUGUUUUUUGUUUUUUUA